GUCAUUGUUCACCGCCGGACACCCGCUGGAAAUAAGGAAUGGAUUUACAACAGCUAUUACCGUAUUCAUAACAGAUUUCAGCUAUGAACAAUGACCAUAGUUGACAGAUCAUCAGAGAAGUCUGACCACGAGUCAGUCGGGUGUAAGCGAUCUCCCUUCACCAGUGGAGACGUGGGAAUGGACGGCAGUUGUUCCAGCAGCUGGGCAGUGGGUCCCACCAUGCCCAGUGACUCUCCGAGGUUGAAGGCUCCAGGUGGCUGCCUGGGCCCGACACCCGGAGCUGCUGUCUACAAUAGCACGCCCUCUUCUGUGGAACGGCCCAAGGAGCAAGUGAUGAGCUGUGAUGAUGGCCUUGACUUGCCCCAGAAGGUCCUCUUCCCUGCAGAGCGGCUCCACCUGAAGUGGACACAAGUUCACCGCAUUGGUGCAGGCUUGCAAAAUAUGGGGAACACCUGCUUCCUAAACUCAGCCCUGCAGUGUCUCACUUACACUGCUCCGUUUGCAAACUACCUGCUGACACGGGAGCACUCCAAAACAUGUCACGAGCCAGGGUUCUGUAUGAUGUGCACCAUGCAAAACCACAUCAUUCAAGUUUUUGCAAACUCUGGAAAUGUUAUCAAGCCCAUUGGUGUGCUCAAUGAACUCAAAAGAAUUGCUAAGCACUUCCGCUAUGGAAGCCAGGAGGAUGCACAUGAAUUCCUGCGGUACACAGUGGAUGCUAUGCAAAAGUCCUGCUUACCUGGAGCCAAAUUGGACAGGCAAACGCAGGCAACCACUUUCAUCCAUCAAGUAUUUGGCGGGCAACUAAGGUCCAGAGUAAAAUGUUUAAACUGCAAAGCAGUCUCUGACACAUUUGACCCUUUUCUGGACAUACCUCUGGAAAUUAAGACGGCUCUCAGUGUCUCCAAGGCUCUGGAACAGUUCGUCAAACCAGAACAGCUGGAUGGAGAUAACUCCUACAAAUGCACCAAGUGCAAAAAAAUGGUCACAGCCUCAAAGAGAUUUACCAUCCAUCGCAGCUCCAACGUGCUCACACUCUCUCUCAAACGCUUUGCAAACUUCAGUGGAGGCAAAAUCACAAAGGAUGUGAAAUAUCCAGAGUACUUGGAUCUGCGGCCCUUCAUGUCUCAGUCUCAGGGGGAGCCUCUGCUCUAUGGGCUGUAUGCUGUGCUGGUCCACUCUGGAUUCAGCUGUCAUGCUGGGCACUACUAUUGCUAUAUUAAGGCCAGCAACGGUCAGUGGUAUCAGAUGAACGACUCGUCUGUGUCUGUCAGUGACAUCAGAUCUGUUCUCAACCAGCAGGCCUAUGUGCUUUUCUACAUCAAAUCCACUGAUAUAAAGAAAAAUGGGGACUACGGCCACAUGGGUCAUAACGCAGGCGUACCUGGUCAGUCGUCUCCGCGACCGAUGGUGAUACCCCGCAUCAACACUACGGUGCAUCACAACAACACUGGCUUCAUAGGCCCUCAGCUGCCACCUCACAUGACAAAGAGCUCGCUUCAUGUGAAUGGGAAUGGAUCUCUGCGGGAUUAUCCCACCAACUCAAAGCCCAGCACCAGCAGCAGUGUUGUUGGAAAGCCUAACCAUGGCCUGGGCUCUUCCUCCUCAUCCAUCUCCCACUCAAUCAGCCGACCCACAGUGAUCCCUGAUCACGACAAACGCCAGAAGCUUUCAUUCUUCUUCGGACUGGGCAAACAGAACCGCCCAUCCUCGUCAUCCUCUUACAGCCAGCCGUCCUCUGCCAGCAGCUCAUCUUCCUCCUCCAGCUCUUUAUCCUCCUCUCAGUCUACCUCAGAUGUCCACUCAGACAUUCGCUUUGUACCACGUCAGAUAAGUCGUGUUAACGGCACGUCUUGCAGUAAUGGGGAACGUCACACUGGAGGGAAUGGAGCCUCGUUUUUGGUGCCAUAUGGCCAAGAGUCUUCAGAGGAAUCGGACCAGGAGAACUGUGGCUCCCUGGAAAAUGGCUGUUUAGGAAAGUCUCACUUUAAUGGAAGCAAAAGAACUGGAGAGGCAUUUAAUAAUUCUCCUAAAGGCACAAACGGAGAGUCAGGAGUGCACCAUAAUGGGAACGGAUUAAAUGGGGCCACCUAUGGUGUCACCAAAUCUGGUCAAAACGGGCACCAUUAUGGACACCACAAAGUGAAUGGACACAAACAUGAUAAAGUCUCUGACAGUAAUUACUGCAGUUUGCUCCAUGUGACUCCUGCUGCAGCAAAUGGGCUAGACAGUGACCACAGUCACUCAAGUAAAGAGGCACAUAACUCUGCCUCUCAGGCUAGCUCUUCUCAGAGCAGCCACAGCGCUGCCAGUGAAAGCCAGCACCUCUCCAAUCCUGACACAAGGGCUAAAGCUGUGUCUGAGACCCCUCCUCAGCAACCACCAUCCUCCACUGCUAGCUCUCCAUCUUCGGCUACGGCCACAAAGACCCAUUCUGUCACAUCUGCGGAGUCUGGCUUCUUUUCACACCAUAAUGGCAACUUCAAUGCGGCCUUAUCCACCCCAUCAGACUGCUCCCAAAGUACCAAUGGGCCCUCUACGGCUCCAAUAAAAGUCAGCAGAGAUGGCGAUGAAGUACUGAACAGACCACAGAUGAAUGGUCUGCCAACAGGGACUGAUGGGCGUACAGAUGCUAAAGAACAGCACCAGUACAAGCCCAGUUUUAGAGGCAAUGAAGGACAAUCUUUCCGAGACAGGGAGAGAGACAGACUGUACUCUGACUGGAGCAGAGACAGAGAGAGACACUACAGAGACAGAAGUACAGAACGAGAAAGUGACAGUGAUCGUCACCGUUACAGGCGGGACUACAAAGACCACUAUCACCGCUCAUACAGAGAUCGUUUCCCUCCUCAUGAUCGUUACUACAGAGACUGGGAGUCUGAGCGUCGCUGGGAACGCUAUCCUCACCAUCCCAGAGAGCGGGACCGUGACAGGUGCUCUAACCAUUACCACCGCUACCGGUCUAGAGAGGACUGGGAACGCGGACGGAGGGGACAUGGUUAUCCCUACCGCGAUGAGUCUAACGGUCGCAGGAGGUGGCAAGAGGAGAAUCGAGAAUCCCGGUCAGUGAAGGAUAAAAACAGCAACAGAGAGAGAGACCUUAACCCGCCUAAAGACAGAGACACUGCUUCAUCUGCAACAGUGACAGAAACCUCAAAAUCCAAAAACUCUCCCCCUAAAGCUCAUUUCUCCUCAUUUGAAUCCGCUCAAAACAAGGGGGAUCAUACUCACAAGAGGAGCUGGAGCAAGGAGAGGGAAGGCAGCUCUGAGGCGCAUCGCUCAAAAAAACACAAAAAGAGCAAGAAAAAGAAGAAAUCAAAAGAUAAAGACAGACACCGUGAGAGUGGAAGCUCCGAUGAUUCCGACAGAGCCGCAGAAACAAAAAAGAAAAAGAAGAAAAAGAGGCGGCAGCAGGACAGCGAGGCAGAGCACCACAGCCCUCGCAGCGAGGAGAGGGAAAGCCGUAAAAGACAUUAUGAUGAUGCCAAGAACUCUAAACAUGACAAUUAUUCACCUGAAAAACGCCGACGCAUUGACUACACUGGCGACAGUGGCGAUCAUCAACUCCCCUCCAACUACGCCUCUCCCACAAACGAGUCAAAUCACCUCCAUCUCAACGGGUUCACAGGAAAUGGCUACAGCCAAACCAACGGAGACUCCCACUGCUUCUCUGGUGGAUUCAAGCACUGACUUGACCUGUGACCACCAUCCCAUCAACACCAGAGGAAUGACAUCAACAACCUUUUAAAGUGGUGCUCUUCAAAUGGGACAAAAAAUAAAAAAGCAACAUUUUACUGAAAAUAAAGUGUUUUAAAUGUUCUGAUUUUUUUUUCUUUUUAAAGGCAUUGAUUUGUUUAAUUCUCCUAAAAUGGUUAAAAACUGUCACCUUGAACAUUUCUGAUGAAAAAAAUUAAUAUAUACUUGUAUGAACACAAACAAAGCCUGGAGCUUAAACAUCUCAGCUGCUGCUCAGAGGAACUCAGGACUUGAAAACUUGUUUAACAUCCAUCAUCGGUAUCCACCUGCUUUGAAUCUGAAUGAAACAAAGGGAAAUGUGUUGAGAAAACGGCGAUUUUAAGAUGUCACCAUAUGUACACAAUGUUUAGAGUUUUUCUUUGUUCCCACUGGGAGCAGACAAACAAACGGAGGGAGAGAUUUGUAAAUGAAUAAUGGGAACAGGACUUUGCUGACUGAUACCUCCAUGCUAAACCCUGGACAGACUUGAGAACAUUUCUCUGCAUUUUAACAUUUUUGGUUUCCAUUUUUUUCUCUGAAGCCUAAGAUUCACUCUGUAAUUUUAAAAACUUUUUCACAGAGGUUUUUCUCUAGAUCAUGCCUCUUUUCUCCCCUCUCUCACAUUCUUUCUUUUAAAACAUUUACAGAAAAAAAGAAUGCAUCAAGUUUGUUAUCAUGGCUGUGGACCAUUUUGUGUUUGCUUUUUAAUGAAAAAUACAGUUUGUGUCUUCUAGCGUCAUAAAAAAUACUGUGAAUUUAAUUUUCAACUGUACUAUCAGUUACUUUUAUAUGUAAAAAUCCUGUAUCAGGGUUCUCAGUUAUGUUUUGCUUUGUCAUUAGAAAAUCUCCUGUUAAUUUUGACCAUAUUCUCUGGACGAAUGUCUUUAAUGGGUAUGGUGUGAUUUUGUUUUUUGAUUGUUUUUAUUUUCAACUUUAGACAGAAGUUGAAAAACUGCUGUUAUAUCUUUAGUUUAGCAUGUCAGAAUUUAUACAUUGUUCAAGGUAAAAGCCUUAAAAUACAUUUGUUAUGUCAGACAGUGUGGUUUUGUUGGUCUUUGUUUACAAGCUGCAUUGAAAUGAAUGAAGAAGAGGUGCUAGGAAACUUUAAAGAGCUCCUGUCUGCCUUUGUAUGAUAAACUAUUAAUAGACUGACUGUAGUCCAGUGUCUUGUUGAACAAACCACAGUUAUGGUACAUUUUCAUGUAGAUCCAUUUGCUCUCUUCUGUUAAAUACACUUUUCUAGCUCUUCUAUGGCAUGGUUUUAAGUUGUCAACAUGUUUGAUACUUUUCAACACUAAGUGUUUUAAAAAUAUUACAAUCCUUGGUUAUUUUAAUGAUAAGUGCCAAAGUUUUAAAAACAUUUCAAUUUCAGAUUACAAAGGAAUGAUUCCACUAAAAAUGUUACAGCCCAGUCUAAACUUCACAAAAACAA